UCUCACUGAUUUGCCCAGGAAAACUAAAAUCGUCAGCUCAGCCUCGGGCAACGGAUAAGGCAAGGGCGGGAGAGGGAGAGGUGAAGAAACAGAGAUUGAUUGCUCGAUAAUGGCGGCCGGUUCGUGUCUUCAGCCCCGCUUUGUGUCUUCGUUUGUCGCAAACAACCGGUUCAAUUUAGCAGCGAGCCCUCUUCACCGCCUCUUCCGCUUGAAUCCAGGAAACAAACAUGCAUCAAUGCAAUUGUCAAGAACAUUUUCUGGCUUGACCAAUCUUUUAUUCAAUAGAAGAAAUCUUGAUGAAUUGCCAGGCAGCAAUCGUAAAUGUCUCAGACCAGGAAAAAUUUCUCCUCGUCGACCUGUUCCAGAUCACAUACCAAGGCCUCCUUAUGUCAAAUCUCGGAAGCCACCUGGAAUUGCCAGUGGACCUGAAGUGAAUGAUCAGAAGGGGAUAGAUUGCAUGAGAGCUUCUGGGAAGCUUGCGGCACAAGUUCUUGAAUAUGCUGGGACAUUAGUAAAGCCAGGCAUAACGACAGACGAGAUUGAUCAAGCAGUGCACCAAAUGAUUAUUGACAAUGGAGCAUAUCCUUCACCCCUUGGCUAUGGUGGAUUUCCAAAGAGCGUUUGCACAUCGGUGAAUGAGUGCAUUUGCCAUGGAAUUCCAGAUUCUCGGGCGCUCGAGGAUGGUGAUAUUAUCAAUAUUGAUGUGACCGUUUUUUUAAAUGGUUAUCAUGGUGAUACAUCAGCAACUUUCUUUUGUGGAUGUAUUGAUGAGGAGGCCAAAAACUUGGUCCAGGUAACAAAAGAAUCCUUAUACAAGGCAAUAUCAAUCUGUGCACCAGGAAUGGAGUACAGGAAAAUUGGCAAAACCAUACAGGAUCUUGCAGAUAAGCAUCAAUAUGGUGUUGUGCAACAGUUUGUUGGUCAUGGAGUGGGACGUGUUUUCCAUGCUGAGCCAGUUAUCUUACACUACCGAAACAAUGACCGUGGUCGCAUGAUUUUGAAUCAGACCUUCACAAUUGAGCCAAUGCUGACAAUAGGCAGCAUAAAUCCCAUAAUGUGGGAUGAUAAUUGGACGGUUGUGACAGAGGAUGGAAGCUUAUCGGCACAAUUUGAGCAUACCAUUUUAAUCACAGAGAAUGGGGCAGAAAUUCUAACCCAGUGUUAAACAUGCCAAUACUAGUUAAGAAGAAGAGAUUAGAUUCUUGCAGAUCCUCCAUGCCCCCCCCACAAUUCACAAAUAUUUUUUCUCCCCUCUGUUGUUUAUUGUUAUCAUUAUCAUUAAUUAUUUUUUGGGGGUGGGGGGUUGUCGUUUUUAUGCCCUUUGGACCUUGACUCUGUGCCUCUUUAAUUUGGACGAGGCGGUGUAUUUUUCAUUACUGGUAUAAAGUGCUCUUGCAAUUAAGUUUGGUUCAUGAUGUUCUUCAGUAACUCACCUUCAGGCUUCUGCCGUUGCUAUUAUUGUCUCCAUAUUUUAGAGCUUGGAAAUGGGAAAGUUUCAUAUUUUGCUUGA